AUGUCUUCCACUUCAUGGAGACUCAAUUCCUCAACAAUUGCCGGCAUUUUCUUUUCUCUCAACAUUGUCGCAUCGGUGUUGGCGUUAGCGAUUUGGGACUUCCAGAAGCACGAUACAAAUCAUAAUGUUCUUUAUCUGGGUGGAGUGAUUUGUUCAUUUCUCUUGAACACGGCGAUCGCGAUUUCCCUUCAAAUGGCCAUCCGACAACAUCGACCAAAUUUCUUCCUACCUUUCAUUAUCUGUGCUGCCAUCCAUUUGACUAUCAGUUUGGGUGUCGUUUUUCUUUUCACGAUUUCCCUCCUCGAUCACAUGUUUAAAGGGAGCGAUUUACAGGAUUUCUAUGGUGUUCUUGUAUUUACCGGAAUGUUCUUCUUUUGGAUUUUGAGCAUUCACGUCGUUCAAAAGGAUCGCGAGCGAAUUCAAAAGAUUUGCGGAGUUCAUAGUUUACUCCCUGAAUAUCUU